CUUGGCAGUUUCAGCGCAGUGCGCUCGGCAGCCAGGACUUUGCCUGAAAAAAAAAAGAAAAAUAACUCGGCAGCCAGGACCAACGACGCCGCGGCGACGACGACGACGGCGAGCGCGCCCAGUCUCCCUGCAGAUCCGCGAGGCGGCCGGCAAGAUGUUUGACGACCAAGACUUGGGUUUCUUCACCAACUUCCUGGGCAUCUUCAUAUUCGUGUUGGUCAUCGCGUACCACUUUGUGAUGGCAGACCCGAAGUACGAGAACUGAUCUCCUUUUGUUUAGCAAUGAGACCGUAUUAUACUGAGAGCAAAUAGGGAAACAUGUUGGUUAAUAGGGGCGGAGCGCUUGACAGUUCUUUUUAAGUGCAGUUAUCUGGCAUUGUGACUUGAAUCAUGCAUGUUUAGUCUGUUGAACUAGUGAACGGUGGAGACUUCAAAAGAUUGAUUUACUAUUAAUCUAUGUUAUCUCCUGCUUGUUA